AUGAUGAGUCCCAAAGCAAUUGGGGCUGCGUUGUUAAUUAUACUUCUCGUAGAUUUGUGCACUGCUGCAAGAUCACCGUUUGGCACAGAAGGAAGAGGAGGUGGUGGUGGUGGAGAUGGAGAUGGUGGAGGGUCUAAUGGUUAUGGUUUCGGGUAUGGAUCAGGUUAUGGUUUCGAAAGUGGUGGUGGACAUGGUGAUACAGGAGGAGGAGGAUAUGGUAGUGGUGGAGGUGGAGGCGGAGGGAGAGGUGGAGGUGGAGGAGGUAAAGGUGGUUCUGGAUCGGGAUAUGGGUUUGGGGAAUGGUCUGGAUAUGGCGGUACAAGAGGCGAAGAAUAUGAUAGUGGUGGAGGUGGCGAGGGUGGAGGAGGCGGCGGUGGGGGCGGAGGAGGAGGCGGCAGGGCCAGAGGAGGAGGGGGAGGUCAUGAGGGGAUGGGUUUUGGAUAUGGAUAUGGAUAUGGUUUCGGGAGUAGUGGUGGACAGGGUACAACGGGAGAAGGAUAUGGUAGUGGUGGAGGUGGUGGCGGAGGAGGCGGAGGUCAUGAGGAGUUGGGUUUUGGAUAUGGAUAUGGAUAUGGUUUCGGAAGUGGUGGUGGACAGGGUGGUGUAGGAGGAGGAGGUUCUGGAUACGGCGGUACAAGGGGAGAAGGAUAUGGUAGUGGUGAAGGUGGUGGCGGAGGAGGUCAUGAGGGGUUGGGUUUUAGAUAUGGAUCUGGAUAUGGUUUCGGAAGUGGUAGUGGACAUGGUGGUGUAGAAGGAGAAGGUGGAGGUGGCGGUGGAGGCGGAGGCGGAGGAGGUGGAGGCAUAGUAGGAGGAGGAGGGGAGUAA